AUGUCUCAGAUCCCUCCAACCCCUCCUUCUCAUCCACCCGGUCGCUACACCGAGCUGCACAAAUACGAAGACCUUACCGGACCAGGCGACGCCCGCCCAACGGCCCUCCAAAUCGUACAAGAUCAAGACCUCGUGGGCAAACUCCCGCACAAAGUCAUCCUCGUCACCGGCGUCUCCUCAGGCCUGGGCAUCGAGACGCUCAAAGCCCUCGCGGCGACCGGCGCGACGGUCUACGGCACGGCGCGAGACCUCUCCAAGGCGCGGGCCGCGCUAGACGAGAACGGAGACGACGAGUCCCUCGCCUCUGCGCCGAAUAUACAUCUCCUCGAAAUGGACCUCGCCAGCCUCGACAGCGUACGGGCCGCGGCGGCGGAUUUCAAGAGGCGCAGUGACCGGUUGGAUAUCUUGAUUAACAAUGCUGGUGUGAUGUAUACCCCCGAAGGGAGCCGAACAAAGGACGGCUUCGAGAUGCAGUUUGGGGUGAACCACCUCGCGCACUUUCUCCUCUUCACGGAGCUACGAGACCUUAUGGCCUCGUCAUCGACGCCCGGGUCCGCGGCGCGGGUUGUGAACGUCACGUCCUCGGGCCACAGGCUGCAGGAGAUGAACUGGUCCGACGUCAACUUUUCCCGGCCCGGCGCGUACGAGGGGUACAGAGCCUACGGGCAAGCAGAAGGCGGUGGGAUCCACGGGUAUAGCGUUCACCCGGGCACGGCGAUGACGGGGUUGCAGGUCGAGGUGAAGGAACAGAUGGAGGCGCUAAUGGGGAACGAGGCGGCGUGGAAGACGGUGAAGAGUCCUGCACAGGGGGCUGCUACGGCGGUGCUGGCUGCGUUGGGGAAGGAGUUUGAAGGGAGAGGGCCGUUCUAUCUGGAGGAUUGCGAGGUCAAGGGGGAGACGAGGGAGAACUUGGGGUGGAUGGGCGAGGGGUAUGCUUCGUGGGCUUGGGAUAGGGGUGAGGAAGAGAGGUUGUGGGCUUUGAGCUUGGAGAUGGUUGGGUUGCCACGGGAAGAAGGCGGCGACUGGUAA